UCUGACCACAUGGCAGUUUCGGAAAUGAAACCAACAACGAAACUGAAGCCCCUAAAAGCACCUGUCUUUUACAAGAGAGAUAAAGAUUUACAAGGACGUCUUCCAGGCUAUUUACAGCACAGAGAAUGGAAGCUGAGCCCUGCACAACUAGAAGCCUUCCGUAAUGCUUACAACUUCUUCACCAAGGAUAAAAGUGGCUGCAUUGAUUCACACGGAUUGAUGUGCACCUUAGCUAAACUGGGGAUGAAUCUAAGCAUGUAUGAUAUCUAUAAUGAAUUGAAAUGUGCUGAUCUUGACAGGGAUGGUAAGAUCAACUUCUCAGAUUUUAUAAAGGUGCUGACAGAUAAAAAACUCUUCAUCAAGGCUGUGGUUCCAGAAAAGAAAACGUGUUUAGAUCUCGCUAAUAACCCAGGGAUCUUACUGUUUGAAAUCCUGUCCAAGCUUGUGGAGACCUCAGUGCUGCACAGGAAGGAUAUAAUAGAGUUGGUGAGCUAUUUCCGAAAAAAGUUCCAGGAAAGCAGCUCAGAAAUAAUGUGGACUCCAUAUGGGAAAAGGGGCUUUAAGUCAGACUUAUGCACUCCUCCACGCUCAAGCACCGCUGCCUUCGCCAAUUCUGCCAGGGUCUCAAUAAUGAAAGAAAGGGAUUUGUACAAGUUUCUCGAAGAGCUCAAGCGGUGUGAUCACCCUUCAGAUAGCCCGUACUCAAAAAUACCUGUCUUUCCACUGUUCCCUGAUGUGGACGGGGUGGUGAUGGGCAAGCCAUUUAAAGACAUGCAAAAGUUAGAAACGCUAAGGAAAAAGGAGCCUCUGUCUUUCUUUGAGGACUAUUUUUUCAAUAAAAGAGACUGGAAAACACAGGCCGCAAAUGUGAAACCUAUUAAGUCUGCCUCGAGCUAUUCAGAUGACAUCUUAGCCAUUGACCACCUCUUCAAGAAAAAGCAGCACUGGACAGUGUCUGAUGCGGCUGCUAUCAAACAGCAUGUAAAGAGAGCCACAGACACCUAUAACUUAGGAAUUGCCCUUGAGCACCGGAAAGAAAUGCUAAAUCUCUGGAAGAAGAUCCGAGGGGAUUUAGUUGGAGUCGACACCAACAAUGAGUCCUUUUACAACACCUUUUCCACCUACACGUGGUCCUGGAAUGUCUGCCAGGAGCUGCUUUCCGCAAAGGACUUGCGGUUGCAUGAUUCCUUCGUGAACAGAAACGCCUCCAGCGUCUCUGGAUUCUCUUCCCCAUCAGACUACAGUGAGUAUGACCUGGAUACAGGAAGAAAAAGGAAACGAAAAAGUUCCAGAGGGUUUCGGCCAUGAAAUGUCUACGUUUUCUAAACAACUCU